CUAUCAUGGCAUGAUGCGGCUGUGAUCUAAUCAGUUACCGGCAGUCCCAGUAAAAUUAUCUGGUACACGGAUGCAAUUAACACUCUACCGCAAGUGCUGUAAACACGGGCCUAGUUUCUGUAAGCCCAGGAUCAAGCUGUUUUCUCUCGUGAUGUGGAAUCAUAUCUUAAGAAUAAUUCACUCUACCCUAAGAAUGUUGAAGACUUCAUUGCAGGUUUUGAGAAGUACUGUGAUGAAAACAUUAAUUUUAAGAAGGUGCUAACUCGUUCAAAGACGUCUCCAGUCUGCAAAGAUGCACGAGGAAGUGUGCAAGAUAGUUUGGUUCGUCUUCUUCUGUCAGUUGAAUGUUUGCAGCCUCACAUCUGUGGAAUACUACUUGAGAAGAUGGCAGAGUUUGCACUGACUGAUGAUGAUCCAGAUGCUGCAGAACACUGGGUUCGAAUUAUUCUCUGGCAGAUGCGGCUUCUUGAUUGUAUUGUGGAUGGUGACACAUUGAAUGAACGCCUCUUUUCUCUUUUGGAUGCUGCACCCUUACCAGUUCAGCGGGAGAUUAUUUUCUGUCUUCCUGAUAUUUUAGGUGAUAAACAGCAUCAUGCAGCAGCUUUGAAGCUCAGUGAACUUUUAAAAACAAACUUUCAGCUAACAGCAGCGAUUAUGGAAGCCUUGGACAGUUUAAGUUUGGAAAAUGCAUUGAGGGCAGAGGUGUGCCAACACAUGUUACAGACUCUAAACAGAGCUCCACCAGAGUAUCUGCCAGUUAUAGUUAGUUUCCUCAUUUCUUCUGAUGAGCCCAUUGAGAACUUGGUAAAGGUUGUGGCAGGUCUGCGACAAAAACUGGACCUGAAUCCAGGAGAUGGGUUAGAUGGAAGCAACCAGGUGCUCAUAUUAUCGGCUUUACGCUCAGGAGCAUUACGUUCGCAGAAAUUGGCUGACAUCUGGCUGAAAGCCAUAGCAAAUUCAUGUAGUCUAUCAGAACUUGGCCCACUGGAUGUUGCCAUAUUGCUCGUUCUGUACUCAUUUAUUCCAGGACCAAAGAAACGGAUUCAGUAUGUGUUGCGUAAUCGUAUCAAAGCUGGUGUUGUUACUGAGGCACUCAUAGAGAAGACUUUCAGCAUAUUUCUUGCAGCAAUUAAUGAAUACAUUGGAAGUGCAGUAGGAAUUGCAACAACCCUUCUUAAAUCACCCGAUCCAGCUGUAUCUUACAUAGGAAGUGUGUGGUUCAAGUUGAUGCUUAUACAUUUGAAAUGUUAUCAGAGUCAGUCUGUGAUUUUGGAACUGCUGCUUCUCAUAGGAACUGGUGGCAUAAGUAUUUCAGGUUUGGCGCUAGGAGUGUUGGCUGGUGUUGAAUCCCGCCACCUCCUACAACAUACUGUCUUGCUUAUGGGUUUGCUGGAUAAUCUGCAUGACAUGAACCUAAUUCAGGUGGGACAAGUGAUGGAUCUGCUGUGUAGUCUAGUGUAUGGUGACGGUAUAGAUUCUGUGCAUCAAGAUGAAAUCCAUAUGUUGAUUCGCAAACAACUUUCCAGCUACAAUGAUAUAUUAAAACAAAAAGGAGUGGUGGGAGCAGUGAUGGCAAUAAAACAUAUGGCCACUACUGAGUCAGAUGCACAGGAAGACAUUCUGUCUUCUUCUAGUACUGAUGACAACCAUUUAUCUGAGCGGGCCAGUCGUGCUAAGGAUCUUUUUGACCUUGUUGUGGAGAGAGUGCAGAACAGUGUGACUUGUGUGGGACUGCUGUAUGAUCAACUGGCUGCUGCAGUCUGUAGCUGCCAUACACUUGACAUUACCUUCUUGAAAUGGAUCGCAGAAAAGACUAUUGACAAAUUUCAAAAUUAUUAUGUCAAGGAAUUCACAGAAGUGUCCCAAGAAGGGUGCCCACAGUUUUUCUUGGAUUCUUUAGAUGAUUGUGAAGAUGCUAUCUGUGUCAAUAUAGAAGGAGUGCUGAAGAAAGAAAAAUCACAAAUGGGCAUAAGGACUUUAUCAGAUCAGUCAUUGUGUGUGAUGGCUCCCCUAUUCCGACUGCUGCGAUCACUGCACUUUAGAAUUGCAACUAACCUGGAUUCUGUGGAUGGCCUUCUGGGUUGUUCAGUAGCAAUGCCCAAGAAUAUUACUAACUUAAUCGAUGACUUCCCUGAAUUAAACUGUGAUGAACAAAUUUUUAUAUUGGACAGUCUGUUUUACUGCAUAAACUGGUUCCGAGAGAUAGUUAGUGCUUUCUCAUUUCUGAGUGACCAAGAGAUACAGAUAAAGGUACUUAAUCGCAUUGAAAAUAUUAUAUCACUUCAGCAACUGCUAGCCAAAGGCCUGCAUUAUGCUAAAUCUUUAAACUACAAGCCACCACAUUGUCACUUCUGUGCAGAUGCGGAACAACCACUGCAAGAAAAAGUGAGAAAGCCUGCAGCUAAGAAGAAAGCUGGUAAAGGUAAAGGUGCAAGAAAGGGCAGGAAGAAAUGUGCUGGUGAUACAUCAGUGACAGAUUUAAAUGCAACUGGUCCAGAUCGCCCACCAUGUGAUGUAACAGGGAAAGUGGAUCUUUCUGCAUACAAAUGUUACUUUCGAGAAUUAGACAUGGAAGUAUUUGUUUCCUUGAGUAAGACUCUUGUGAUGGAUAGGAAAGAUGUGAAGGAAGGUGAACCAGUAAUAUAUCCAUCAGGGUUGCUCUUCUUGCUAGAAGAUUAUGUUGCCAAACUGGACCAUUGUCUUCCAUCUACGGUGAAGCGAAUUAGCUGUCUGGCAACCUGUCGGCAGGUAGCAUCUGUAACAUAUGUUUUGUAUUCCAACCUGGAUCGUAUUGCUACACCACGCAUUGCUCACCGUGCUGUGAAACUCCUGACAUAUAUUUUGAAGAAGCUAGAGAGCACUGCUGAAUAUUGCCAGGCACUCCUAGAUUCAAAUGAUGGAAUUUAUGAUGGGCCAGAAAUGUUCAAAGAAGGUUCAGCGGAAGUGAAAUUAUGCUACAGCAUGCUACUUCAAUCAAUAGCUUGUACAUUGGACUGGAGUGGAUUCCAUAGUAGAUCAUACACUGCCUUACUGAAAGAUUGCUUAUGUGUAAUAGCAAGCAGACAAAAUAAAGAAGUUGCUAAGGCAAAGCUUAUAAAAGAGUUGGUUAUGGUGAGUUGUGAGUACUUUUUUCAAUAUGCAAGCCGCACAUUAUAUUUGACAUCUGCUGAAAACCUUGUAAGAGUCAUGCAGGCUCUUUCCAACUUUCUGCCUGCUGAAGCAGAACCCAAGCGAAAGCUAGCUGAGAUGUGUCUUGGGUUUCUUUCUCGGCAAUGGUACACACUAGAUGGGUUACCUGAGCGUGGAACUGUAUACAAUCACCAAAUAGAAUCACUUGUAAAAACUUAUUUUACCAAUGUGCCUGAUAGGUUGUCAGUUAUUAGUACCACUGCUGAAUUGGUAAAAAAUGAAGUACAGACAAUACAGAACAAGGAUUCUUGUUUGGAUAAAUUUCCAACAAUUGACAAGAGCAACUUUCCUAUUUUGUAUCGCAACUUAUGGUGUGCACUUGGAAAUGCUACUGGCGAAGCAUUGAAAUCAUCAGUAGGGAAUGCUUCCAAGUUUGAAAUUUGGCACUCAGUAUGCAGUACCAUGUCAGUUCUCACAGGUAUUAUUAAACAGCGUGAUCAUCGUACAAAUCUCCAUGCAUACAUUCAGCAAUCUCAAGUGAUACUAAAGUUGUUCCUUUCGGAUGGAAUGCCAGUGUUGGAGGCACUUCUAAAAUCCAAGUGUGCAGAUGUCAUCAGUAUGCUGAAGGUACUCCAAGUUACAACACGGUACCUUCAUGCUCUUUGUAUUAGUACAAAGAGAGAGAAAAUGGCGAGAUUGACCAAUUAUGUGCCAGUAGUCCGUAGGACUCUUGAGGCUCUUAUCUUUAGAGUCAAAGGUAUGCUAGUUGCAAAUAACAGUGCUGAUGCCUUUUGGAUGGGAAACCUCAAGAAUAAAACCAUCAAAGGAGAAGAAAUUCUGACACAAGACAUGACAUCAAGUGAACAAUAUGACAAUAAUGAAGAAGAAGAAGAAGAAGAAGGCCUUCUUGAAGAUGAUUUGAACAGCCAAAAGGACAAAGAUGCUAGUGACCAUGAAAGCUCUAUGAGUGAAGGGUUUUAAACAUGCUAUACUUUUAUCAAGUGCAGUACUUCAAAGCCUGCAUAUAGAAAUACAUUACAGUCAGCUGGGGAAAGAUUCUUCUCUAUUGAAAUGAACAUUCCAGCACAAAACCUUUCACAGACUGUAAGCAUAUGCAGUUAUUUCAGUCUUCAUUGUAAACUUGUUCAACCAGUAACUAUUUAAUUAGGCAAUUACUACAUGUUGGCAUGAUUUCAGGUAUUUUUCUUUGGUGAUGAUUUACAUGCACAUACAAUAUUAACCAUACAAGUAGAAGUACAAAUUCUUGUAAUGGCUGAUUAGAGCAAGUUAUUUAUCAGAAAAUACUACUUAAAAUGCUGAAGUGAUAAGAAUUUGACAUCCAAUUACAUAGUAGUCACAGAUGUCAAAAAAUUAUUAUUUACCACUCAUGGAUUCAGCUCUUAUUUUCCAGAACAUGUAUGGGUCACUCAGCUGAUAAAAAAUCAACAUUUAGACUUUUGCAAUUCUUAAUGUUGAAGAAAUGUCAGCUGCCACUUUUAGGAUUAAAUAAAUAAAGUAAUACCCAAUAUGCAUACAUCAACACCUUAAAUAUGCCAACAGUUUUUAUUAUCAUUGAAACUUUUAGUUUACUGAAUAAUCAGGAUGGUAGCUUCAUGUAUUUUCUGCCAGUCAGCAUUGACUGCUUGAACUUCAUGUGUACAUACAUGAGCAAAAGUUUUUGUUGAUGGGUUAGACAUUUCAACAAUAUUUUGGUACCUUUUGCACAAGUAAAAGGUCUUAAUAAUAAGAACAAAUUUUUGUAUAGCCAUGCAUGUGAUAUAAACAAGUGUAAUGGCCUUCAGUAGACUAAGGCAAUGUAUAUGAAAAACUGCAACACUAGUAUAAUGAUAAAACAUCUAGAAUCUGUGGUGAAAGUAUUAUUCUGCAUUCCACAUCAUGGCUAAAAUAUAUUCUGGUCUCUUGUAAACAGUACCUCCUAUCACUGUAGGAUCCUCAUCCCAAAAAUUAGCCUGACGAGUUGGGCGUUGGUAGUAUUCAUCUCUGUUGGAGGCCAAAAUCAGCCUGAACUUAUUGGGUGCUGGAUUGUUGUCAGUGUGAAGAAAUAAGAUACACAUCACUAAUGUAGCCUUGGUACCUAGCACUGAAUGGAAAAUUACAUAAGAAUAAUUUUAUGUCUUACUGAUUGACUCUUCAAUUACUUGUCACUAAUUUAUUUGCUAACAUAUGAGGCAUUUGAUUCUGAUGUACACAAACAAAAAUUUUUCUGUGAAAGAAGGAUGAAAUAUAAAGAACUGGAAAAAUUGGCUUUAGACAUUCCAGCAUUUUGUUCAGUCUAAGCCAGAAGUUUAUCACUGAAUUGAUUUUGAUAAAUAUGCAUCAGUUUUUGUUGUUGUUGUUGUUGAGAACAGUGAUAAUUCCUAGUAUUUUGCAAUAUCUUUUAAAUAGGUAAUGCAACUUGCAAUUCUUACAAUUUGUCAACAUAUUCAGUAACAAAAUGACAAGAAAUUUGAGUUCAUUUACAAAUUAGUGCAAAGCUGAUCACUAUUUAACAUGUAAAGAUUGCUUUCUUGUGGGUUGUAGUGUCGUGUUGUUUGGUAGAAGUGUACCAACAUUUCAGAGGUCCUUGCUGCCUCCAUCAUCAUGAUAGAGUCGUGGAAUUAU